AUGGGAAAAGUCAAAGCCCUCAAAGAAGGCAAAAAUGCGAAGAAUGCCAAGAGUCACUUCAAAGCCCGAAUGGAGUUCUUGGAUAAGGCUGCAAAUUAUCUGCAGGCCGUAACGACCGCCCCAGUCUCAGUGUCAGUCUCAGCACCAACACAAGCAGCUGGAAGAGAUGAUCAAGAAUUCUCUGACAAAGAAGCGGAGAAACACAUGGUGCCCGAGCACACUCUCAACAGCUCUGCAAAAGAAGCCGUGAAAUCGGAAACCGACAUUCACAGCCGUCAAAUGAGCAAAAAGCCUUUGGCAAACAUCUCAAGAGUUUAUAUCUCACAUAUGCGCGGAGUGUCCCUCAAGACGCUAACCCGUCUUCCGGUACCAACCAAGCGAUCGUUCUGCAAGCGUUGUGAAACACCUCUGACUUCCGGGGUGACCUGCUCCCAGGAGAUCCAAAACGCCAGCCGAGGACGCAAGAAGCCGUGGGCUGAUGUGAAAGUUGUACGUUGUCUGGUAUGCGGAACCGAGAAGCGAUUUCCGGAGACAGAGCGUAAAAGCAAGAAGCUCGUGGAACGUCGACAGCAGAAGCAGGAGCAGGAGCAGAAGCAGAUGGAGGCAGAGGUACCAAUACCGGCGCAGGUACAGCUGCAAUCACAAACGCAAACGACUCAAACUCAGGAUGCAACUUCAUGA